AUGGUGUUGUCAGAUCAUAUUUCAGUGGAGGGACUUGAAAGCAGUGGCCUGGAGAAUGAGCAGAUUCAGCGGAAAUGGAGCUUACAACCCCUUCUGCGCCAUGCUGAGCGCUCUCAUAGCCGAAUACCCGGUAUAAGAAAAAUCCCAUUGCGUGCCCUUGCAAUCAUUCUAUUCAUCGCUUUUGUGAAUAUUGCUGUAUGGGUAGCUGCUGCCAUUGUAUUAGUAUGUGUCACUAUCAUUUUCACCCGUAUAUCAUUGGUAUCUACCGCAGCGCUUGCUUAUUCCCUAGGACUACGACAUGCCUUUGAUGCUGAUCAUAUCUCCGCCAUUGAUUUAAUGACCCGAAGACUGCUUGCAACAGGACAAAAGCCAGUUUCAGUUGGAACGUUCUUCUCUCUGGGCCAUUCAACAAUUGUUAUAAUCACCUCUAUUGUUGUGGCGGCUACAGCGGCAGCUGUAUCUUCACGCUUCGACAGCUUCAGUAAAAUCGGCGGUAUUAUCGGAAGUGCUGUUAGCGCGGCUUUCUUGAUCCUCUUAGGCUUAAUGAACGGCUACAUUCUGUUCAAACUGAUUAGACAGAUGCAAAAAGUUUUCAGGUUACCUGAGGGUCAAGAGGAUGAGGCAUGGAGGAUUGAAGGCGGCGGUCCCCUCUUCUCGAUACUGAAGAAGAUGUUCAAAAUAAUUGAUCGACCGUGGAAGAUGUACCCAUUAGGUAUUCUCUUCGGAUUGGGCUUUGAUACUUCUUCUGAGAUAGCCCUGCUAGGUAUAUCAUCUAUUGAAGCUGCAAAUGGAACAUCAUUCUGGGUGAUUUUGAUUCUACCUGCACUGUUCACAGCGGGGAUGUGUCUCCUGGACACUAUUGAUGGCGCCCUCAUGUUCUCCCUCUACAUCCAACCUUCGACCAACUUCCUUUCAAAACAAGUCGACGAAGAAGUAACAUCCGACACAACAAGCGACAGUCUCCCCCAAUCACGAGACAACCACCGAGACCCAAUCGCCUUCCUCUACUUCUCAAUAGUGCUCACAGUACUAACUGUGAUCGUUGCCAUCGUAAUCGGCAUAAUACAACUCCUAACCCUAAUCAUGAACGUGACCGACGCAACAGGUAGAUUCUGGGAUGGAGUGCAGAUAGCCGGAGACUAUUACGAUGCGAUAGGCGGUGGUAUCUGUGGUUGUUUUAUUAUAUUUGGCGGACUGAGCGUCAUCUGUUAUAAGCCCUGGCGCAGGUGGAUGGACCGGCGUCAUGUGCGACCGGCCGCGAGCGAAGAUAGAUAUCGAGACAAUCCGACUGGAGCAGAUGACGAGACUGGUGCUGUACUCUGUGAUUCCGGAGAUUCUCGUCAGCAAACAGCCACUGUCAAGUGUACGUCUCAGGUUGCUGUAACAAGGGCAGGUGAGCGGCGUAUUGGGGACGAGAUUGUUUAG